AUGUCUCGGUCAAUUCUGGUCACCGGUGCCACUGGCAACCAAGAUGGAGCUCUUGUCGAUGCGCUCCUUUCACGCCACGCCACCGACUUCACCAUCCUCGCCGUCACCAGAGACCCCAACUCGGCUAGCGCCAAGCGCCUCCUCGCAAAAUCACCAUCGACGAAACUAGUGGAGGGCAAUCUCGACAACGUUCCAGCGUUGUUAGCUACAGCUCAACAGAUCGCUUCGGCUGCAUCGACCUCGAUCUGGGGGGUCUACUCCGUCCAAUCGUCCAUGGGCAAAGGCGCAACCUCCGAAGGCGAAGUGCGGCAAGGAAUCUCGCUCAUCGACGAAUCGAUCAAGGCCGGCGUCAAGCACUUCGUCUACAGCAGCGUCGAGCGCGGCGGCGAAGCCAGGUCCUGGGACAACCCGACGCAGAUCCCGCAUUUCAUGACCAAGCACCGCAUCGAACACCAUCUCCGAGACUCUACGGCCGCUGCCGCCGACGGUGGAUCAGAGAUGGGCUGGACGAUCCUUCGCCCCUCGACCUUCAUGGAUAAAUCUCCAGCCGGGCUUCUUCAGCAAGGUCUUCAUGACGGCGUUGCGGGACACGAUGGGAGACAAGUCGAUGCAGUGGGGGUGGCGACGAAGGACAUCGGCGUCUUCGCUGCGAUGGCGUUCGAACAGCCCGACGGCUGGAACAGGAGGGCUAUCAGUCUCUCAGGUGACCAGAUAACGUUCCAGCAGCUCGACCAGGUCUUUCAGAAGGUCACGGGAAGCCCGGACCAUGGUUGA